CGUAAGGGUUGCAAGCAAACCAAACGCAUAUCAUCAUCAUUAUCACUAAGCGGCGAAACAUACGAAACACACAGUGAGGCACGAAAAGAUAUAUACACACGUUCAAGAAUAGCACAAAAUAGUCGGCACAGAUCCAGAAGAGUAGGCCAGCGAAAGAAGCAGGUGGACAAACAGGCUACCUCGCCAGCAGCGCGGAAAAGCAGCAUAAUCAGGCGAAGGAAGCCUUCAUCGUACUGACUAGUCAUGCCACUGUAAUUAGUGUCAUAACCAGUGCUACCUAUCAGUAAGCGACAAAUGCAGAUUCCUGCUUGAGCUGGCCUGCCAUGUUCGCCUGUGUGCUGGCCUUGUUCCGGUUCACCGUUUCUUCAUCUGUACUGUGGCUUGUGCUUUCUGCGAAUACUCACGCUUGUAAUUGUCUUGAGAGUCUGUUCCUAUCAGCACCAACUGCCCUAUGUGUCGCCAGACUAAAUACUAGUGAAGUGCUAUCCCGUUGCUAAUAUCACUAUGUGAUCGUUGCUUUAGCAGUGGCUGCUCCUGAUGCCACGGUCACAGCUCGUGUCGCUGCUGUUCGACUAGAGUGAGUCACAGCUGACUAAAGAGGCAACAACAAAAACAAUUACUGUCAUAGCAGAUUAAAGCUGUUUGUAGCGUUGCGUUCACUGCUUUCGUGGUUGUUCUUAACGCAAAAGAGGCAGAAGAACUCAAAGGUGAAAGCGGUGUUUGUGCAUAAAUCUCCGGAUCGUCGAGUCCUAUUUUGAGUUCGCGCAGACCCUAGCGCGCAUCAGUCCAACAACAGCAGCAGUAAACCGAACAUCGCCGUAGCACUGGAAAACUAUCGGCACUUCGUGUGCUACCGAUUAGCGAUGACCGCACUUGUCGGGAUAGUCCUAAACACAGGAGGAGUACCGAAGCCUGCCCAAGCUUAAACAGGCUCAUUCACUGCAGAAGCACAGAUACACAAUGAGUAGUAGCGGCAACGACGGCUAUCUGACGGCUGUGUCCAAGUUGUUGGCAGUAGAAAUGGUGCUACUGUAGGGUAGAAAAAAACAAGUAUACGAUUUUCGGUGGGUUCUUGACGUUGCUGUAUCGUUAAGUUCCUGUUGUUCGUUAUGGUCAAACGGUAGAUAGAUGCUUGUUGUUGCUGGCGCUAAGACCAGCCACUGUUGAUCGAUCGGGAACACUGGUCAGCGUUGGUAUACAGUCAGUCAAUUGCAGAGCCCCGAGGCGAUACUCCGGCUGGGUUUCGGAACUCGCUUCUUUGAGCGCCGAAGCUAAUCAGCUAGUGCGUGAUAUUGCCACUGCCUUCUGGCAACGACACCACAGUUAGAUUUGAGCGUCAUCGUCGUUCAUGUUGCUUGUCCUACUGCUGCCACUGCCGCCGCCGUCGAAAACAGCGGAUGGUCCUGACUCCAGUUGUUCGAACACGGUUCUAGCCACCGACUGGAGCUUCUAGCCAGCAGCGGUAGCAGUGCACGUUAAACUGCUCAACAAGCAGGCACAAGCUGAUAACACCGACGCCGGCCGAUGCGGACCACGUGAAUGUCCCCAUCCCCACUCCAUUCUGCGAUACGCUCAACCCCACAACGACAGAAAGCGGCUAACGAGCAAUUCAGUGGCGGACCAACAGCCAGUGUAGCAUGAUGACCAUCACUGCAACAUACGCUGCUUCCUUUGUAAUGUAAUAGAUCGAUCGACGAUCAGCGGACCGAGCAGAGCCAAGAGAACUGGCAGUCGACAGAAUGAGGCGGUAAUUCUUUCGAUCAUUCGUCCGUGCGCCUGUCCGUCCAUCGUAAUUCUUUCUAUGGCCGAUUUCAUUUCAUAUGGAGGCCAAGGGAAUGCCGUCCAGAAUCCACAAUGAGUGAAACAGUCAAAGUGGUCUGAGGUUGUAAUUGUAUCUGUGUAAUUGCAGUUCGACAAAAGCAUAUAUAUAUAUAUAUAUAUACGUCAGCUAUAUUCACAUGCAAAAAAACACUCGUAAGAAGAAUCCUCUAUGAGAAAGGUAGGAGAUUGAAUAAGAGUUCAGAUCAGCCAGCGUCUCAGAGUUACCUACUGCCUAUGACCGACUUCGGGAUCAAUGAGAUGUUUGCGAAUGAAGAAUGGUAGUAUCGUACUGAAGAGCAAAGAGCGACAAACCUUACGAUCCUUUGGUGUUAGACCUAAUUGAUCACUUGGUGUCCUGUACCUAGGCCUGGUAAAUAAUUUGUAGAGUUUCACGGUGGGUAGAUUUACUGGCAUCGCUUUCGUACGUAGAAUAUCUGCACAUAUUAAUAUACAGGCAAAUAGAUAACUUCAUAAACUACUCCGUGAGCAAUCGUGUGCGGUGAUCUGUGAAUAAAUAUCUUUACUUAUAUCUCUUGAACAACGAGAAAACAAAUCGUAACAAACAGAAUCUUUCACACCGACUUUAGAGAAGAAAACUUCGCGCCCCACCGUUGCUGCUUGGGAAUAUGAGUCGGAUGAAAAUGUGCUUUGUGCCUGUUUGACCUCGUGCGUUGUUCGUCGAGCGAAGUGUCCAUGAAACUAUCUAAAUGUAGUUAUUGAACUGAGUUGUGAGGAGAACGCCGAUCCCGUUGCGCUCAUCCGCGCCGUCGGUUCCGCGAUGCCUAUGGACUCCUGUCCGUAUUGGAUACAAGUGCGUGGAGUUGUUGCGCGAUUUCUGAUCAACGUGACUUCGAUCUCAGCGAUUUUCAGCUACGUUCUUUUGGUGUCAGCGCUAUGCGGCGUCGUCGUCGUUGCCGCCGCCGCCGCCGCUGCCGACAGAGUCGAUAUAGGUGGAGUCGAAACGACCUUGCCCAAUCCAACAACAACGGCCACCGAAGUAACCGUUUUAUCGCCGUCAAACGGCCCGCCGUCGAUUUGCUCGCCGUGUCAGUGCCGCAUGUCGAAGCGUGGACCGCUGAUGGAGUGCAACGCACUCUCCGAGCCCAGACUUAUCAUGCCAAACGGCCUGGCACGCCUAAGACGCGUUCUACAACGGCCAGAAAAUGUUAACAUCAGUGCACUGGUGAUUGUAUCACUGCCGCUUGAAACUGAGGACCUCGAUCUCGCUAAAUAUUUCCCAAACCUCAGCGACCUGCGGCUAAUGAACGUAAGCCUUACGAAUCUUCCAGAUUUGCGCGGGCUCGGUCAUCUCGUCGAGUUGUACGUUUAUCGGUGUUCCUUGACGAAGCUGAUGCCACCUGAGGCACUGGCGUCAUCCGCUGAAACCCUUCUCACCCUGUCUUUUGCGGAUAAUUUAAUCGGUGAGGUGACCGAGCUCGCGUUGGAUCAACUUUAUAAACUUGAGAAUCUCGUCCUCAAACGAAACCGGAUCUCGACUAUACAUGAACGCGCGUUCGAAACGCUUGCAUCACUUAAAUUCUUAGAUCUCAGUCACAACUUCCUUACAGCGGUGCCGAACGCGUUACUACCGCUCAAGCAGAUUCGGGAGAUCCUACUUUCGGAUAACGAGAUAUCAUACAUUGGCGAGCGAGCAUUUGCCUCAUUCGGUCAACUUAACAUGCUGGAACUCGCUAAUAACCCGCUACAUUCGUUUCAUCACAACGCAUUUGCUGGAGCAGCGAAGCUUAAGCGACUGAUGCUGAAACAGGUUAUCAACCUGGAACUGUUUCCUAACUUGACGGGAUCCCACGCCCUCGAGCAGUUGCGGCUGAGUCGAGCAAAAAUUCAUCAGCUGCCGCAUAAUAUCUGCCAGCUUCUACCAAAGCUCAAGAUCCUAUACCUGAUGUCUAACAAUCUAAAUACAAUACCUAAUCUGGACGGUUGUCGAGAACUGCUCAUUUUAGAUCUGACAUACAACAAGAUUGACCUGAUACCGCCAGGAUCCUUCUCCACCCUUGAGAAUCUUCGAGACCUCAAUCUCGGCAAUAACCUGAUCUCCGAAAUAGAGCGCGAUGCUUUUAUUGGACUACGAAGGCUGCAAGUUUUAGCAAUGGAACGCAAUAGGAUCCGUUACAUCCAUCCCGAAGCCUUCCGGCCGCUGACGACAAUCGAAGAUCUAAACAUGGCGGAGAAUUUGUUUUCUCAGUUGCCUCAUUCAGGUUUAGCUUCUCUGCGCCGCAUUGCCGUUUCCAAUAACCCCCGCCUCCGAGACUUUCCGCCUCCGGAAACAUUUCCACGAAUCACCCGUCUAUAUCUGUCGUAUUCUUAUCACUGCUGCGCGUAUAGUGAGCCUGAUCAAGACUCGAUGCUAGGAGGUGGCUUUGGGCUUGGAAUACUUCCACCACGUACUAGGACACGACCUAUUGAAGAACCUGUCACUCCAGACACCGUGCUAUGGCUCAAAGACGAUUUUGGAGAUGAACAAAUCGAUUUCGGCACCUGGAACCGCUCUCACGAAAUGGGAUACUUUGACGCCAAUGCCUCGGACAAGUUUCCCGAAUUUGCGCGGACCUUAUUAAAGGCCUAUGGGUCAGACUAUAUUAUCCCAGAUAACUUAGCUCAGUAUGCUGAAGAAUAUAUGGAGGACUAUCGAGGCGCACCGGAUCACCAUAACAAUAAUGGCGAUAGUACCGGCUCCAACCACAAACAUUUCAUCACUUGCCUUCCAACGCCAACGCCUUUCAUGCCCUGCGAAGACCUGUUUGGUUGGUGGACUCUGCGCUGUGGCGUAUGGGUGGUUUUUUUGCUCGCCCUUUUGGGCAACGGACUCGUAGUCGUCGUACUCUCUUUUGGCCGUUCCAAAAUUGAUGUACCUCGCUUCCUCGUGUGCAACCUGGCCAUGGCCGACUUCCUGAUGGGCAUCUAUCUCGGAUUCUUGGCUGUUGUGGACGCGUCGACCCUCAGCGAAUUUAAGUUCUAUGGGGUAGCUUGGCAGACAUCCUUUGGCUGUCAGCUAGCCGGCUUUCUAGGCGUUCUAUCUUCCGAACUGUCUGUCUACACUCUGGCCGUAAUUACAAUGGAGCGAAACUAUGCCAUCACGCACGCGAUGCACCUCAAUAAGCGGCUCUCCUUAAAACACGCCUCCUAUAUUAUGUCGGUUGGUUGGAGUUUCGCUUUUGUUAUGGCCCUUCUGCCGCUAUUCGGUAUCAGCGACUAUCGAAAAUUCGCCGUUUGUCUACCUUUCGAAACCGAGGAUCGCGUAUCACUUCUGUAUGUCGUGUUUUUAUUGGCCGUUAACGGGAUGGCGUUUCUCAUCCUGAUGGGGUGCUACCUCAAGAUGUACUGUGCAAUCCGCGGCUCGCAGGCCUGGAACUCCAAUGAUUCACGCAUCGCUAAACGAAUGGCAUUGCUUGUAUUUACCGAUUUCCUCUGCUGGGCGCCCAUAGCCUUUUUCUCGUUAACGGCAUUGUCCGGCAUUCAUCUGAUCAACUUAGAAGAAGCAAAAGUCUUCACGAUAUUCGUGCUUCCGCUCAAUUCGUGCGCUAAUCCGUUCCUCUACGCGAUUUUCACUAAACAGUUCAAGCGAGAUUGCGUGCUCAUCUGCAAACGCAUUGAAGAAUCACGUGUGACCAGAGGUAUCGGGCGCUGCCGACAUUCGUCGAACUUUUCCAAUCGGCAUACGCUUGCGAAUACUAACUCGGCCGGAGAACGGAAGAGCCUAUCGAAUGAGCAGCAGUGUCAAUGUCAAUGUGGAAUGAUUAAGAACAUUGCGCGAGACCAUCUGAUCUCGUCACAGGGCGGGUGGAAGAAGUUCGCCAGAAGGUACCUUUUGUGCCAAGAAGCUGAACCGGAGACGGAACACAACGCAUACAAUAUGGCACUUGUUCGAAUCCAGCGUAACAUGGAGCGUGGUGCCAAUCGAACGUCAUCAAUAUCGUCCGAGAACUUCAGCUCACGGUCGGACUCUUGGAGACAGGGAAGCAUCCCUUUCAAACUUAUUGACAGGAACGGCCAACGGAAAAGCUCUUGGGGAGUUACUCGAAAGGCGUCUCAGGAUUCAUCGAUCAGCUGCAGUCGUCAGGAUUCAUCGACAUCGACCGUACGAAUCACCUCUCGUUCAUCGGUCAGCAGCGGAGAGGCCGGUACACUCCUUAGGGGGCUUCAUCUUGGAAAUAUGGGUCCUCAUGGGCACCAUGGUGGAUGCGGGGGUCCGUGCAGCGGCCACGGACCGCUAAGGCCACAGCCGGGUAAGUCUGCUUCCCUUGAUCCGACCUUGGCACGCCUCUAUCGCGCUCCCAUACAGGGGAAACCUCAGCUGUGUCGUCAGCUGGCCGUCGAUGACGGGUUCCGUUCCCUCGCAAGCCAAAAUACUCCGCAUAGCCACAGCCACAAUCCAGGCGAUGGCAUGACUACGACCUCAAGUCAUCAUCCUACCAACAUCCUUAACCAUCAUCAGAAUUGUACGGCGACGAGCUCAGCAACGGUAGCCAGAAGCCAUAGUAACCAGGGAACGGCUGGUAGCCAAGGCGCUGGACGCUCUCCACCACAUCUUCGAAGAUUUAAAGGAGACCAACUCUGUUCGGCAUGUGCUCGCAAGGAAAUGGGCCUUGUGGGUUCAUCUGGACCGUUGGCCCCUGGCUCGCGUAAAGAUGACAAAUUCAACUGCUUCUACAAUCGGUUAACAGAGACGAGUCGCGAAGAUUCAUCGGAAGCAUCAAAAGAUGAUCCUCCCGGAACUUCAGAACAGAGCAAACAGAAUCACUCGGAAAGCAAACAUACAGAUACGUCGAACACACUCGAUAACACAAAUUCGAACUCUGAAGAUACUCACGGUCACUCCAUACCCAGCACAGCGACAACCGGCAUCAUGUCCUCCGACGGACAGAGCGUUCCUGAUAGCAGCGUGCCUACUGAAGGACUUGCAACCGAUUGUUCCGUGGACAGCAAUGCUCCGCUGAACAAAGACAAAUUGAGCAAGAAGGACGAAGGCAGAUUUGGCGGCAAGGACAAGAAAGACAAAAAGGUAAAAAAAAAUCGACAGUCACAACAGCAAGCUGGGCAUCAUCAUAUUAGCGUUGACGAUAUUAAUGCGAAGGCGCAAGCACUUCAAGCAGGUCAGACGGGCGCGGCAAGUGGUUCGGCUAGUCGAAAGACGGUCUCCGAUAACUCCCUCAAGAAACUGUCUUUUCGAAACUUGCCGCAUUUUCUACGUCAGUUUUCAUCUAGUCAAAGUCCCAAGAACUCUGCGCAAAUACCUCAAAGCAGCGCCCAAGGACAAUUCUUGGGUCCUCCAAGUGCCGGCCUGCAGUCCUCCAAAAGCGACACGGGCAUUGCGCAGCGCGCUGACUGGGGCAGCCUUGAAGCACACACAGAACGAGCCAGCAGCUCUGAUUCAGAAUCUGAGCCUUCCGAAAUUCGUUUCAUGGCUCAGGGUCCAAUGACCCCAAAACUUCCGUCGAUUCGGACGAUUACUUUGCCACCGGAAGACGAACCCGAUGCCGCGGAGCAUUCGCCGCUCAUUUGAGAGAUUGAGACCAUCAAGAAAUGAAACUUCCUUGAAACCCUGCGUCGCAUUGUGUCUCAGAAAUCAGCAGUCUUCACAUGUCUAAUCGUUAUCAAGCACUGCAUCACAAAUCUGCUUGAUCACGCAGUUGCUUUGAGACGAGUGCCGCAAGUGAAGCACGAACAAAAUCUUUAGUAACCUAGGAAGAUCGAUUCAUGAUGUUUCCUUUUUAGCGGAAAAUGGAUCAUUGUAUCGCACCACCAUGAUGGACUUCAACGAGAUUAUUGCUCCGUUCCUCAUAAUGUAUCUUGUACUAUAUGUCUAUACGCGUCACGAUCAUACACACACCGAAAGAUACGGAUACACACUGUAGAACGUUACAUUAUAACUACCACUGAACAGAAAACCCAGUCAAUUGCCUCCAUGCGAGCACUUGUGUAAAAAGGGCUUAGCAAUCUCAAUAUUUUCUCCCCACGGUGAUUUUAACGUUGCCUCGACUGUUUUUUCCCUACAUAUAGUUAACAACGUUCAAGUUCUCUUGAGUAGAGUGGUGAACGUUAAACAUUUAUUCAAGAUCACAACGCAGGCCAUCAAUACUCAUUAGAUGAUCGCGAAUUAGUCCAGAUUUUUUUCAAUACCAUUCUUACUUAUGAAGACGUAACGGAUAAUAUCCUUUGAUGGAUAAAAGAGUAUAUAUAUAUAUAUAUAUAUAGGCCCGAUUCAGGAUUUGAGGAUAAAGUUAGCUUAGUUAAAUGGAUACGUUUUAUCGUGAGAACUGCUUGCUCGACCCGUUAGUAUCUUUCCGAAAUUGAUUUGCCUCAAAGAAAAAAAACAAUGCGAGAUUGCUAGUUCCUUGACGUGGUUCCUUUAGUUCAGCUAUGAGAAGUUCAAUGAUAGAUAAUGAAUAAAUGAAUUUACACGACACACGAUCAGUGUUUUGUUAUAUAUGCAGAUAUAGGAAUACAGAAAUAUACAUUGCUGCUUGUAGAUGAGUGCAUACGAACACGUAGACGCAUAGAAAGGCCACAAUCAAACAAUUGCAAGGAAGAUACUGAUAAGGAAUACGAACUAUAGGUACGAUGUAUGUAUACUCAAUUCACUAUUUCUACAUAUGUACAUCUUCCGCUAAGGGUAAUGCACCCGUUGUGUUUACUACUAAAUACUGUUGGCUAUUUUUGACUAACAUACACAUAGACCCAAAGGCACACUUACACACCGGACGUAGAGAAAUGCACUUGUUAUAAUGGAAAUAUCGUAGUUAUCUAUUGAUAACGGCGACGAAAAUUAUGGUGCUACUAAAAUAUUAUCACGGCCGCAUAAACGUACGCCUCCCAUAGAUCCGUGCGAAAUAUAUUUAAUUUAAGUUAAUUUUAUUGAAAAUUAUCAUGACGGUAGCUAUAGUGGACAAAAACGAUGUCGUUUGGGCGUGAAUACAUAGUUCGAGUACAUUGCCAUUGACUUUUACGGGUUAGUCUAGAAAGGCUUAAGUGUAGAGUGAUUCCGAGCAAGUAUCAAAUCAUAUCAAUGAUGAUCUGCUCAGUGUACGUAAGACGACCUAUUCAUCUGAUGAGUAUCUGUGGUCAUUAGUAUAACGUUUGGUUCAGAGAACUGUCGGUGCUUAUUUAAGCUUUAGAGAGCUGUAGAUUAUGAUUUUACUAUAUACUAGAUACUAUUUAAGGUCUCAAUACUCAAUUCCCGAGACCGUCGACACCAUAUAUACAGGCUAUUACUAUUAUUAAUUAAAAUUAUCUACAACUAUUAUCAAUAUUGUUUCUUCGUGGUACGUGUGCAUGUGGGCGUGUGCUUACGAUAGGUCCUUCUCUUAGCUGGACGUAGCCUACUCUAUAUGGGACUCUAGCCUACAUAUAGUAACUCUAAUGCUCCGGACCUCAAAAUCGAGGUCUUUCGACGAAAAAGAAACUUGAUGUCGGACUGUUUUUUGUACACAUGAAUACGCAAUCGGCCGUCCGGGCCAAUUUUACGUCUGUCGAUACGCCAACCCUUGCGUCGAACAUGGCUAUAGCCUUAGGACCAUACGGUAUACAUGUAUUCUAAGUAGAAAAACACGUGUUCAAUAAAUCAUUAUUAUUGUAUCCUGCGGAAAUAAUUGUACAUUAAUUACCGUAUAUUAUUAUCCUUCACACCAAGCCGCAUAGUUUCUUCAACACAACAAUUAUUUAUAGAUGUUAUAAUAAUUAUAAAGAUCAUGUGUUACUCUGUGUAUGUAUAUAUAUAUAUAUAUAUAUACAUUCAUGCGUAGAUACUAUAUACAAGAUGAACACGCGUACGAAGAGCACAAAGUUUGUCAAAACAAGCACUUGCGUUCGUCAAUUCAUGUCGCUACGGGCAAAAUUUGCCCUGGUUCCUUCGUCGCUUUCCUAUCGAACGGUUUUCUCCAAUCGUCAAACUAUAGUAUUUGCUGGGCUGAAACGACCAAAACAUCGGCCCUGUUGUUGGGCGUGCUUAAUAUGGAAACAUGAACCAGAGGCCCAAGACAGUCGAGGCUGAUCGUAGUGAAUAGAUUAGUUAAGAAAAUAAUUUAUCAAGUUGUUGUAUCGAGGUUCGACGCUUGCUUAACGAUCAUUUGUGAAUGAGUACUACUAUUAUGGUAGAUAUGGGUGGUAGCAGAUAACACGGUGACUUUUCUUUAAGGCAAAAUGUACAGGACCGAACACUAAAGGACCAGAAAUUCGAGCGAAUUGUCAACAGGUUGUUUCGACCCCAUUAAUAAUAGCCUCUGAAGCUGCACCUCUAUACAGAGAAGGUUACAGAUUUUGAGCUGUAAAAGUCAGUUGAUGCAUGCAAAUGGCGUAUUGGCCUGUCACGGAGAAGAUAAGGAUUAGCUGGGUGUGUGGGAGGUGUAGGGAGGGGAAGAUAUUGAUUACUAUCACAAUAGAGAACAGUAAAGCAUACUCGGAACGACUAUAAAGAUCAUCGACAAGACAAUGUAAAACAUCGUGGCUUACUAAUGACAGUAGAGAAAUUAUACCCCUACACCGAAAUGUCGGUUACAUUCGUGUAAUAUUUAUUCAACGCCAAAUGAUGGCACCAACACGAAACACCUAUAAGGAUAACGUGAAAAACAUAUGAGGAAAA